AUGGCAUGGUCAUCGAGCCACAACCACAUGGACUUUUCAAGCCCACCUCAGCAAUAUCAGUCGAUUGAUGAAGAUCCUACCUUUUUUAACGGCGAAUCUGCUACUCAGCCACCUAUUGCUACAGUUGCAGAGCUAUUUUCUACGGAGUAUAGCUUUUGGGGUUCUCUUUUACAACAUGAUUCGACACUGCUUUACCCUGACUUCCCUUUCCCUUCCACCAUGGGUCCUCUCAACUCGGGGUAUAUGGACCAGGGCGCUAUGCCAGACUUUUCGACCACGUGGAAUAGUACCAUCGAAGACCCAGCUGCAGACUCUCACCAUCUAGCCGAGAACACUGUUAGGGGCCCGCCUCUGGAGCCUACAUCCAUUGCACAACAGCCAACUCCACGCAAGGUUGGAAAAAUUCCCACUACUCGGGGAAACCGUCCUCGCCGCGCCAACAAGAAAGAGUAA